GACCCGGUGGCUUUUAGCGGCGGGGAGGCCACUCAGCUGUUAGCGCCCGGGCCCUGCGCUCCUCUGCCAGCUGCCGCUUCUGCUCGUUCCCAGCGCUACGGCCGCCAGGCUGGCUGCUGCCCGGCCUCGCCUCCUCCUUUUCCCGCUACCUACCUCAAAACCGCCGGAGGCUGCGGGGCUCCGUUCCUGAAGGAGGAGGAAGCCGGGUUUGCAAAAGAGAAAGGGAAUUGCAUCGUAACCGGGUGGUGGGGGGACACGGGGAGGGGAGGAAAAAAGGAGAGAAAAGAAAGAAAACAGGAGCGGGGCUGACGCUGGCAGUGGGUCUCGCCGCCCCGCACCCGCACGCCCCGGCGGCCCCGCGUGGGUGCCGGCGCCCCGUCUGCAGAGCGCUGCGCGGCGCGCAGGGCCGGGCGGAAGAUGCACACGACGCAGAAGGACACCACCUACACCAAGAUCUUCGUCGGGGGCUUGCCCUACCACACCACGGACUCCAGCCUGCGCAAGUACUUCGAGGUGUUCGGGGACAUCGAGGAGGCGGUGGUCAUCACGGACCGGCAGACGGGCAAGUCCCGCGGAUACGGCUUUGUCACCAUGGCUGACAGAGCUGCUGCCGAAAGAGCUUGUAAAGACCCCAACCCUAUCAUCGAUGGCAGGAAGGCCAACGUGAACCUGGCAUACCUGGGCGCCAAACCAAGGAUAAUGCAGCCAGGUUUUGCCUUCGGUGUUCAGCAGCUUCAUCCAGCUCUCAUACAGAGGCCUUUUGGAAAUAAGCAAGCUGGCACAAAACAGGACAUCAGUGGCCUGAUAAUCAAACAGGAUACCUGCUCACUAUGUCUAUCCGCAGGCUUUUGUGCAGCCCGGAGUGGUAAUUCCCCACGUUCAGCCCGCAGCAGCCGCUGCUUCCACUACGCCCUACAUCGAUUACACCGGAGCCGCGUACGCCCAGUACUCGGCCGCCGCGGCCGCCUACGAGCAGUACCCGUACGCCGCGUCGCCGGCCGCCGCUGCCGGCUACGUGGCGGCGGGGGGCUACGGCUACGCGGUGCAGCAGCCCAUCGCGGCGGCAGCGCCGGGGACGGCGGCCGCUGCGGCUGCCGCCUUUGGCCAGUACCAGCCCCAACAGCUGCAGACGGACCGCAUGCAAUAGCAGAGGGACUCCCGAAGGAAGCUCUUUCUUUCUCUUCCUCUUCUCAGCCUUCCAGUAUAAGUAGUUAAUAAGAGACAAUUAAUAUUAACUAAGGAGCUUUAAGGAAAGCAAUGCUAUUGCGAAACUAAAGAUUGUUAUUCCACUGUCUUCAUACAGUCUGCAUCCAAACCAUGUUGUUAGAGGGGAGGGGUAGUGUGAGAUGUUUAGUUUCAAGUAUCAGUCUGGAAGAAAAUGGGAAAAAAAAAACUGUGCUGUCAUGAAAGAGUGGCAGGAGUAGCAAUGAGACUUCAUAUUUACAACAAAACCAACAAGAAAAACCCCCCAAAACAAAGGUGUAUUUUUUACUGUAUCAGGGAAACAAAACUGCCUUUACAAGUAAGAAAAUGGUAUUUGAAAAGUGUGAACCAGGGGAAAAAAACUGAGUCAGCAAUAUGUAAUCUUUCUCCAUUUUAAGACUACAUGAGCUUAAAGCACUGAUUGUCCUUCUUAGCUUUCCGUAUGGCUACAGAAGUUGUCUUAGUGGGGCAAAACCUUCUCGCCGUUGCAUUAACGGGCAUGGAGCAAGCCGAGGAGCAAGGCCUGCUAGUAAGCUGGCGGACAGGCACCAAAGUUAUUUUCUCCUCUGUCCUCUGGCCGAGUGGAGCUGUGGAGCAAGUGAUGUGGAAGGAACGGGUGCAGCAGCUGUAGCGACAAUCAAUAACACAGACCGUUCUGGAAAGAACACAUCACUCGCGCUCAUGUGAUGAGCUUGUCACAUCCUAAUCCCUCGCCCCGUCCUGUUUCACUUUUGGGAAACUUUAACUGCUGGUGUCAGCUCUUCUGAUUCUAAAAUAGGAUCAGCCCUUUACUACAACAGCCUUCUCUUUCUAUUUAUUGCUAUUCAGAACUUGUCAAUAAAGGCAGGAAGAAGCUUGAUGAAUUUAAACCUUUAAGAACUGUUUUAAGGGAAUUUCUUUUUUUUCCUCUUUUUUUUGAAACCAUUUGUACAAUUUUAAUAUCUAUUUCAGGACUAUAUUUAAAAUAUUUAUUAGCAAACAUACAGUACACAAGGCAACUUUUGUUACCAAGACUGCAGUUCUUCAAGGGUUAAUGGUAUGUGAUUUAUACUGUGCCUUAAUUGUAAUGCUAUUUAAAAAGAAAUAUUUAUUUUGAAAGUUUUACUAUGCUGCGCUCUAAAGAAAGCAACUUUAGAUGUGACACUGUAUAAUUAUGUAUUCAUCUCAUGGCAUAAAUUAUUUAGUAAGUUUAGAUGUAGCAUAUUAAAUAUUAACCUAAUUAACUAAGGAUGUUGACUUGGAUUUAUUUAAAUUCAGUAUGUGCACUGUAUGAGGGUACUCUUAAAUUAACACCUUUUUAGGGUUUUACAUUAAAUAUUGCUACUUCAUUCUUUUCCCUCUCAUACUUUUUCAUGUAGACCUCUCAAAUACAUUAGUGCAUUUUUCUCACUCAUCUGUACGUAGACUAUUUUUCCCUUUGCUAGAAAAUGCUGCUUUACGUUGUCCUGUGAAACUACAGUACUUGCAAUUUUUAUUCUUGACCGAAAUGGAAUUUAAUAUUUUACACUGUAUUGGAUUUUUUUUAUACUUGAACAAUUUCAUACAAGGGAAGACAGGAUAGCAUUUUUAUGAACUUUAUCCAAUGUCACUGGAUUUAUUUUAAGUAUUCUGAAUACUAGCCAGUGUUAUAAGGUAGACAUGACUCUCCUGUGCAUAUUAUUUAUUCAGUAUGUAUACUGCUUUACAACAUUUCAGAUCUCUUAAUCUAUUCACUUGUAUUAAAUAUAAUAAAAAAUGUGGUCGCAUCUA